AUGGGAGUUUAUCGUCAACAAUUUACCAGCUUUAAUACUCGCUAAACAAGUUAAAGUACAGGUAGAUGAAUUGCAAGUUUUAUCAGUUGAUAAUUUGUCUAUUCCCGAGGCUAGAAGAGCUUAUCAAGUAUUAGGAUUCAUAGCUCAUGCAUAUAUAUGGAGUGAAAACUUAGAUAGAUUACCUGAUUCAAUAAGUAUGCCAUGGAUUCAAGUUUCAAAAUUUUUGGGACUUCCACCAAUAGCAACUUAUGCUUCAUUAUGCUUAUGGAAUUAUAAACAGAUAAUUCCAAAUGAUGACAUGAGUUUCAAUAAUUUAACUACUAUAAAUACAUUUACUGGAUCAAUAGAUGAAAGUUGGUUUUAUUUAGUUAGUGUUUAUUUUGAAAAACAAGGGGCAGUUUCGAUUGAAACAGGAUUAGAAAUUAUUAAGCAGAUUAAACAAGAUAAUAAAUCAUUGGUUAUUGAAUUAUUACAACAACUUGCAGAAUCAAUAGAUGUGCUUGGUAGUAUACUUAUGAGAAUGGAAGAAAAUUGUGAUCCACAUGUAUUUUAUUAUAGAUUAAGGCCUUAUUUAGCUGGUUGGAAAAAUAUGCAAGAUAUUGGAUUAAAAGGUGUUUAUUAUGGUAAUGAGUUGAAAAAUUAUGCUGGUGGUUCAAAUGCUCAAUCUUCAUUAAUUCAAUUUUUAGAUAUUUUACUAGGUAUACAACAUAAUCAAGGAUUCAUACAAGAAAUGAGAGAAUAUAUGCCUGGUAAACAUAGAGAAUUUUUAAUAUGGUUAGAACAAGAAACAAAUAUUAAAGAUUAUAUUAAUAAAAAUCCAGAUAUUGAACUAUAUUAUGAUGCAUGUUUAGCAAUGCUUAAAUCAUUUAGAGAUAAACAUAUACAAAUUACAACAAGAUAUAUUAUAUUACAAAAAAAUAAAAACCUUGGUUCAUCAUCCACUAUAAGAAGUGGUUUAUCCAAGAAGAAUGUUGAAGUAGGUACAGGUGGUACAUCAUUAUUACCAUUUCUUAAACAGUGUAGAGACGAUACAGGUUCAAGUGCUGCUGGUCAAUGGGGGAAAAAGAUAUUAUCACAAGGUGUUUUAAGAUUAAAGAAAGCUGAUGAAGAAUAA